AUGCCUCUCAGGAAAUCCUUGGUUAAUCUGUUUCUGCUGUGCUUUAUAUUUUCUGAGAAUAACAAUGGAUGCUACUUUGACACAGGUGAGUUUUAUUGAUUCGGAUUCUCUCAUUUCACAUUUUAAAAUCUUAAACAGUGUCCUGUGACUUUUCAUUCAUUAAGCUGAAUCAGUUCGGCAGCUGCCAAGACCGAGCAUCAGUGAUUUCCAGGCUGUCAGAGACAAGCAAAGCCUCGUGGUGAGCUGGCAGCUAAACCACAGUGGCUUAGUGGGAGAUUUUUACGAGAUUCAGAUCGGCCGCACUGAAAACCACAUCAUAAUUUACAGUGUGAGUACUGAAGGCCAAAACUGGAGGAGGGAGGCUUUCUUUGAUUCAAAUAGGUGGAAUUUAGAGCUGUUUGGUGUUUAUAGAAGCAUGUAGUCAUAAAGGAACAAGUAAAAAUCCAUAAUGUUUCUGUGACUUCUGUUUAGUGUCCUGAAAGUGUCUUCAUGCCUUAAAUUUGAUCUUAACAUUUACUUAAACAUGCUAUGAACAAAAAGACAUUUUAACCCUUCAAAGCUGCAUCCCACUUAUUAUAAGAAGUAGACAGUCUUGUUUUUGACUGUAAGUAUGAUGCUGAUAAAGCUUCUGCAAUCUUGUGUGAUAUCCUGUUUGUUGCUCCAGGAGAAUUGUAGUGUGCUUUCUUCCGAUCAAUAUGAGUACACAUGGACAUGGACCUCAGAUCUGCCUCUGGAGUGUGCUGAUCACUCAGCCAGGAUACGUUUUUUCUACAACCAGUUUAUCCCGAGUCCCUGGAGCAAGUGGAAAACAAACCGCAGUAAGAUGCUUCUGCGCUUGUUCUUAAUUUCCUUUUUGUCGCCAUUGAUCAUGAAUCUCUUUAAAUCUCUAUUUAACAGUAUAUUUUGUCACUAAGUCACACAUAGUUUUGAUUAGUCAGUGUGGGUUAGUGAAACCAAACCAGGUGUUUAAAAAAGGUGAGUUUGUGGUGAAUCCCUGAUAAGAUCAUGACGCCAUGUAAGUUCUUGUUUGAACUUCCUCAGCAGAAAUGAGGGGCCCUCCCAUGUUUUUUUCAACUAUCUCAAUAUCUGAGUUUCACAACUCAUUGCAAAUGCGUGCUGCAUUGUGCAUCCUACAUGAGGGACCGCCAAUCUAAAAUUAAAGGACUAACAUAUGUAGAGUCGGGGGGUAUGUUUUCUCUACUCCCUUCAAUCACAUGAAAGGUGUCUCAUUGAUCCAGAAUCUUACAUUAAAGGUUGAUAUUAAGGUAAAUUUACUGAGGAGGAAAUACAAAUCUAUCAGCACCUCUUUAUGAGGACACUACUGUUACUGAGACUCAGAUAUAUUUCUACUCUGUGACCUUUAGGUGAACAGGCGAAGGAGAAGAUCCUGAUUUACCCCUUCCAGAGGGUGCUGAGAGAGGGCACCAGUGCCAUGUUUUGUUGCAUUCCCCCAAAAGGAGAAAAUAUUACCAGCAUUUCCAUCAAUAACAGCAAGCACCCUCUUAUUAGCGUCGACACCAGAGUCAAGGCUAUAUCUGUAGAAAACGUGCCCGUCCAAACAUCGUUUAUCAACUCUCUGACAGUCACUUGCAGCACUGACUCAGGAAACGUCAGAGAGAUCUGGAACUAUGUAAGCUGUGAGUUUAAAUGAUGACAUUUGUAUUCAGUGUUUGAUCACAUUUAUUUAAUUAGACAUACACUGGGUUGUCCAAAGAACCUUUACCUUCAUAUUUAUGUGUGUGUGCUCUGCAGCUCCUCCCCAGAAGCCCAGAAACAUCAGCUGUGUGACCCCAGACAUGACAACUGUCACUUGCACCUGGAAUUCAGACCACACAGAGGAGGUGGAUAACCACAACAAGAAAACGCACACUCUGCACAUUCAGUAAGUGCACAAAUGAAGAAACACAAGGAAUUUUUAGGCAGGACAUGCUUUAAUCAAUCAGACUCAGAUUGAAAAACACUUUUCAUACAACCAUAAUGUAUUAAAAUACAUAAUGCUGUAGAUAGAAAUUAAAAAACAAAUUAAUUCAAAGGGAUCAUUUGCAGCAGUUAGAGUUGUUUUGAACCUUGUGUUCAGUUCCUCAGUCUGUGCACCAGUACCAAUGACUAAAACCUGAGUUUUGUCCUGGUGGAGCUGUGAAAAGUUCUCUGCCAUCCAUGACCUGAUAUCUAAAAUACAAUGAAAAAGAGUGUAAAUUAGAUGUCAGUUAGAUCAGCAGCAGACAUGACAAUAUAAAGCUGUUAAUCAUCUGCAUAGAUGGAAAUAGAUGCUGUGCCUCCUGCUGACAUUUUCAAGAAGUAAAGGGUCAAAAAGUGUGGGGCCUAAAACUGACCCCUGGGGGACACCGCAAUUCAUUUUCUAGCGCCUAAAUGAGCAUUCACCUAUACUGACUUAAAAUUAUUGUGUUUCAUAAAACAACUUUCUAUUUCAGGCAGCAUGUUUGUUCAGUGAGGCAAGACAGUGUACCUCAAAAUACUGAGUACUGAUAGUCCCUGAGUGAAUCAUCCUCUGCCAUCAGUGUAUGUGUGUGGUGUGAAUGGGUAAAUGUGACGAAUCAGUUUUAUAAGGAGAUGUUUCAAACAGAAGUCAUUGCACUUUUUUUCCACCUUUAAAACCCUGAUGAAACCAUGUUCAGAGCAGGAACAGUUGGAAACACUGUUUUGUUUUUGCUGCCCCUUAAAAUCCAGGAACUCAAACCAAGGUCCCGUCGUUUGCCAGCAGUUGUCUUGUACUUUCCCGGCUGUCCCCCAGCUAGAGAAAUACAAUAUCAGUGUGGUGGUGGAGGACCAGCUGGGGAAGGUGACGGAGAUCUUCAGCUUUAACAUCUCUGAAAGAGGUCUGACAUCUCAACAGAAUGAUGAAUUCACUAAGCGAACUUAAAAACAAACAUGCUCAGACAAAUGUACUGUUAUUUUAGUGUUUCCUGUUGUGGAGUGGGACACAGUGAGCCCUGCAGUGAUGGACACCUCUGUGUCAUGGCUCGUUCAGGGGAACUUAACUCACCUGGACGUCCUCUGUCAGGUCACCGCAGAGCCGUACAUCAGCACCGAAGUAAGUUUAACCCACAUUUUAUUCUCCUCAAGUGAACAUUUUUGUGAGUGUUUUCCAAACUUGAAUGUUUGUGUGAUGACAGGUGAGAUGCUCAAAUGUGAGAGGGUUCUGCAAUGGCAAACUGGAACAUCUGCUACCCAACACACGCUACACUACAAGGGUUCGCUGCUCUGCUGGUAGCAAUGGCUGGGGAGAGUGGACUCAGCCUGUAACCUUCACAACCUGUAAGUAAUAAAGGUCUAUAUUAGCAGUGAGGUUUGGUGUGUGCUGGGUACACCCAAGUGAGUUUUACGUAUAAGUUACAUGGAGUUUGGCUACAUUGAGUUUAGCCUAAUAAGGGAGAGGGGUUUCAAGUUAGCCAUGGUUAGAAACCUGUAGUAUAGCAUCUACUUAGUCUACACUAUCAAUUAAUGUCCCAUGCGUUUGUGAACGAAUACAUCAUUACACAUUACAAUCAUUACACAUGAUAAGAGUGAUUAAGUGAUCUUCUAUGCCCCUGACGCCUUUAACAAGAAAGUUUCUUUUUCCUCAGAUCCUUUGGUGAUUUUGGAUGUUUGGAGGAGAAUAGAGCAGCUGCCGGACCCAAACAGUCGUGAAGUUACUCUGCUGUGGACUUUAGUGAGACUUAACGCCUGUCUUUUAUCAUAAAUACAGAUCAGAUACAGGAUUAGUCACACUUCUCUGGUUAUACCAACUUCAGCAGUGACCGCAUGAUAGCAAUUCUCAGCGAUCUAUGUCUCCACGCGCAAACCGCAACCAAAAAGCCACUUUACAGCCACAAAUAAUUCUCAGAACAGCACCUAACUUAAUCAACAGUAGAUAUAGGGUCCUUGCUUUAGUCCUAGCCACCAAACAUCUUUUUAACUGCUUGGUUUCUUUGGCAAAGAAGCCAAACACAACUCACCCACUUUUCUCCAGCAGCCGCUUGUGCAGGGGUGGGCAAUCAUGUGCCAUGGAGAGCCGAGAGGCUGCAGGUUUUCUUUCCAACCCAAAACUCCACCAGGUGAUUUCACUGAUUACCUUACCUCCAAGCAGAGAGCAGGGACUAAUCAAUGAAAUCACCUGGUGGAGUUUUGGGUUGGAAAGAAAACCUGCAGCCUCUCGGCCCUCCAUGGCACAUGGUUGCCCACCCCUGCACUUGUGUGUGGGGGGAGCCCUGAUGAGUCGAUCACCGAGUGCAGCGGAGUUUCGCAGCUCAAAGAAGAAAAUUUAUGAUAAUUACUUCAUGGAAACGCAAUCAGAGUUCUGGUAUAUCUUGUAUGUGAGUUUAUAACUGUUAUUACCGAGUGCUGGCUGGGAAAUGAGCACAGAUGAGCAUAAGAUUUUUGAUGAUUGAUCAAUAGAUGGAUGAAUAGUUGGAUUGAUGCUUUAUCGAUCCUGAGGGAAAUAAUAACAACACCAACCUUUCCAUAGUUACAAGACUGUAACUUUAGCAUGUAAGAUAUAAAACAUGUACAAAAUAAACUGUAGAACCAGCAGAUCAGAUAUUAAAAUUAAUCCAUUCAAAAUUUUGAAUUAGAUCAUCACAGGAAAUGUACAUUUAAUGUUUGCAAAAAGAAAACAAUUGGAACCUACGACUGCAAUCACAGAAUAAAUUUUAAUAGAUCGAAGCACAUUUAUAAACAACUUACAAUAAAAUAUAUGCUACACAACCAAGCCAGAAAAUAAACCUUAAAUCAAAUAAAAUAAUAAAACAAUACUUGAGAAUGUCUGAACAGUAAUUAUAAUCGUUUUAGUUCACUUGACUUAAAAAUUAUAUGUAGCUGACCCCCUCAACCACUGUUUUCAGCGUAUUCCUGGUUCAGCAGCUACAGUAAACAUCCAAAACUACACAGUCCUGUGGUCACAGGGAGGCAAAAACCAGACUGAGUGGAAAGACAGCGGACAGACACAGGCACAGGUGUCCAUAGGACCAGAACAGUGUGACUUCACGCUCCAGGCUGUUGUCAAGAGAGGCUCUACUAUCCCUGCUCACAUCACUGUCCAACAGAGAGACGACCAAGGUGGGGGACACAUGAGAAACCAGUUUAGACUAUCAACACAACAGCUUAAAGCUCUAAAUACAAGAUGCCUACUUUGGUGUCAAAGCAAAUUUUAAUGUUGGGCUGUUUAAGUGACAUUUAUACUUCAGUGUGGGUCAACGUUUGUGUGAUUGAAACAGUCUGAUGUUGUGUUACUGCGCAGCAAACCCCCCGGUGAUAAGGAGGUUAAACAGCAGCACAAACGCUGGUUUUAACCUAUCCUGGGAUCAGCUUGAAACUGCCUCCUGUGGAUACACUGUGGAGUGGUGCAUCAUGGGAACUGCAGUGCCUUGUACUCUGCAAUGGGUAAAAGUGCCAGAAGGAAACAACACUGUAUUUCUCUCUGCAGGUCAGCCUUGUUUUCAGUUUUUUCUUCAUUCCCUUUACUUUUAUGUGAACUUUUUAAAGCUUUUUUGGGGUUAAUUUAUCUAUUAUUGCUUUUACAUGUGGCAGGACAUUUCAAAGCAGGUCGCAGGUACACAUUCAACAUCUAUGGAUGCAGAGAAAACACACACCGACUACUAGAAGUGCAGACUGGAUAUUUACAAGAGCUCAGUAAGUUAUCACACUCCUGUAAACAUGUCCUCAAUGUUUUUAAGAACAUCAGAUUACAUUUCCUGAAUAUCACUGUGCGUCUCAUAAACACAGAUAAGAUGAUUUAAUGUCACCAAACUAACUACGAGUAGAACCAGAGAGAAACAGGAUUGAUGCGCUCAUAGUUACAAACAAAACCAGAUAUCUGAAGUUUUGACACAAAGUCUGCCUCAGAGGCUCCAGUAUGAACACCCUCCUGAGGCCUCCUUCGGGUAUGUUAGGUGAAAAGGAGAAAGUUCAGAGAAAUUACUCAAAUUAUUCAUCCUCUGACACCUUUACUCAGAACACCUGAGGGAAUUUUAUUGUAAGAAAAGAAACGAGAAGGUUAUCAUACUGGGAAGAGAGCCAGCUCAGUGAGACGUUUAGAAGCUGCUUUCUGGCAUUUUUCCUACAAGUUAAAACUUGCAUUGUUAGAUGAAGUCUGUUCCUUUAAUUCCUGUUCACUCAACCCCCACACCCCUCGUUUCCCAAAAUCUCCUGAAUUUCUCUAGAAUCAGUGCCCUCCCCAACACUGAUGGAACCUGUUCAGAGCACUUCCUCAUCAGUGACACUGGAGUGGAGUUACAGGGAGGAUGACACAGCUUAUCCUGCGUUCAUCUCUGGUUAUCUUGUCACAGUGCAGGAAGUAAGGUCUGACAGGCAGUCAGGGUACAAUGCAGGUGAGUGCAGAGGCAAACUCUCACUGCCAGCAACUCCUGAUAAGGAUCUGGUCGUGUUAAAACAUGCAAAUGAUAUGAGAAUCUACUUGAACAUGCAAUGUGACACAGACAUUGAUUUGAAGCGUGAGUCUGUGAUGGUUCUGGACAACAUGAAACAAAGCCCUAAUAUCUUUGUGCACCUCCAGAGCUGUUCAACAUGUCAGUGGCAGACCCUCAGAAGAAGUUUGUGACCGUAGAGGGUCUGCAGCAGAACCAAGAGUACGCUUUCUCUGUGAGUGCUUUCACUAGAGAGGGAGCAGGACAAGCAGCGAGUAUCACAGUCAGGACCAAAACCAACUGUAAGCUCCAUCACCAAUCACAGCUUCAAUGAUAUGAUAUGUUUUUACAACAUUUGAUCCGGUUUCCCCCCUUUUAUAUUCUACUACACGGGCUUGUGUUUGAUCAGUUGAAUUUAUUCUCUUUUCUCUGUCAGACUCUGGUCACAUGGUCAAGGUUCUGACUCCCAUCUUGUUACUGCUGGGCUGCACUGUCCUCCUGUGGCCUCAAAGAAAAACGCAAGUCACUUCUCUGGACCUAAUUUCACAAGUUGUUCCUGCAAAAGACAACCCUAAACCUCUCUCCAUCCUCUUCUUUUUUUGAUCUGUUUCUGUCCUGUAGGCUGCAGAGUGGGCUCAAGGGAAUAUUUGUUUAUCCUGCUGGUAUGAACAUCAAGAUUUCUGAGUUUGACAGCUUCCUGCAGGAGGUGAGGACAGAGCUGUGGUAGUCAGAUCUUACAUAUAUGCUAAGCUAUAUUUAAAAACUAAACCGGUUGACCUAAUGAGUAACCUUUAAGAAUAAUUCCAGUCUUGUUUCUGCCUCCUUCAUAAGUAAAAGCCAUUACUUUGUAGCAGCUAACCCUGAACUUUUGACCUUUCUCCUCCUCCCUGAUCCGAGUUUGGCCUUGACAACAUCUCUCAUCCUUAACAGACAAGCCUCAUUGGAACCACUGACAAACCCUCACACUGUUUUACAUCAUACCUCUCUGGCUGUGCUCAGUUCAUUUGACGUAAACCUCCCAAAUCCCAGCCAAUUCCAAUUACUACUGGUGUCCCUCAGGGUCCUGUCCUGAGGCUCCUUCUUUUUUUAUCAUUUAUUUACUUCCUUUUGGUCAUAUCUUCUGUAAAUAUUACACUAAUUUCUAUGUAGAUGACACCCAGCUCUUACUUCUCUUAAUGUCUUAAAGGGAUAUACUGGCAUGAAUUUAAAUUAGGGUCAAACACACCAUAACACCGAGUUAGACAUCCCCUCGAGAGAUGAAUGUUGCCAACCCCCUGCUUCUCUAGUUAUACCAACUUCAGCAGUGACCGCAUGAUAGCAAUUAUCAGCGAUCUAUGUCUCCACGUGCAAACCGCAACCAAAAAGCCACUUUACAGCCACAAAUAAUGCUCAGAACAGCACCUAACUUCAUCAACAGUAGAUAUAGGGUCCACGCCAUAGUACUAGCCACCAAACAUCUUUUUAACUUUGCCUAAUUUCUUUAGCAAAGAGACUAAACACAACUCACCCACUCUCCUCCAGUAGCUUCUUGUGUGUGGGGGGAGCCCUGGCGAGCCGAUUACUGAGUGCAGCGGAGUUUCGCAGCUCAAGGAGGAACAUUUAUGAUCGUUAUUUCAUGGAAAUGCAUUCAGAGUUCUUGUGUAUUUUGUAUGUGAGUUUAUAACUGUUAUUAUCGAGUGUUGGCAGGGAAAUGAGCGUAGAUAAGCAUAAGAGUUUUAACUUUACUUCUUCACCUUCAAGAGUGAGGAGAUAGCAUGAUAUUGUGGUCGUUACUAAAGUUGGUUCAACUACAGAAGCAAGCGGUCAGCAACAUUCAUCUCUCGAGGGGGUGUCUAACUCAAUGUUACGAUGUGUUUGACCCAAAGUUAAUUUUAUGCUGGAACAUCUCUUUAAGUGAACCAUAUCCUGGUUUUGAGAAAGAGUCAAUGACCUGAAAGGGAGAAACCAAUGAGCUGUCAAUUGUAAGGGGAAAACAAUCAAGUUUUGGAUGGUGGUGGAUUUGAUGUAGUUUGUUCAUUUAACUCUAUUUCCUUCUGCAUGUUUACACAGACCGGUGAGCGACUAAACUCUCAGAGCCCAGAGGAGUGCAGAAGCUGUGACAUUGAGAUCUUGAACACGAGACCCCUUCUGACUGAGACAACAAUACUAGGACAUCCUGAGCACCUGAACACAACGCCCCUUCUUGCUCCCGGGUCCUCUCCUUCAGCUCUACCACUCUCCUGUGUGCCCCACCAUGCAGAAUACUGUCCUCAGCUUUGGGACCAGGCAGUUCUUCAACAGACUACAUGCAUCACUAACGAGACUUAUUUUCACACCAUGGAGAGGGACCCGUCUGAAACACAAGGAGUCACACUCUCUGAUAUCAAGAUCAGUUUAAACUUUUCUGACUGUCAACAGGAGCCAUGUAAUGUCAUGAGUGGGUAUAUCUCUAAUGAGAAUUUAUGA